AUGAAUUUGGACACAGAGUUUGAUGAUAUUGGUGAAACACACCACAAAUUAUAUGACUUCGGCAGGAAUCUCAGAUUUGAAACGAGUAAUUUAGAUCAAAUUAAACGAGACUUAAGUCAGGUGGACGACUUGGUUCAAAGUGCUCCGAAAUUAGCAGCAGCCGCUAGUCGUGUUCAAGUGAAACUCUACAUUGGUGUGAAAGCAGCGAAAAUCAGUUCUGGAACAAUGAUAAUAUACUGCGGAACUAAUUGUCGAGUCGUAGGAAAAGUAAUAUGUAGGGAAGGAAUUAAAUCAAACGCGCCUGCAUCAGUCUACAACUUUAUGCAACAGCAUCUGAUCGAUCUACAUUGGGCGGGAAGGAUCCUUGCCCACGCUGUGAUAGGACUCAUUUUGGGUUAA